AUGGCUAGAGCAUCAUCAAGCUUAAGCUUCGGGGCUAUACUUACUGUAAAGCAGCUAUACCGCCAAAUUAAACAAACAUGGAGGGCAUUCCCCGAAUGGUACGCGGAAAACUUGAGCAAAAGCAUAGAGGCUAUACUUGAAAAUGAAGGGGCAUACGCAUUAUAUUGGGAUUAUGAAUUUUGUGUAUACCACAAUGAACACCAUGGAUCUUUGUUGCAAGUUAUUAGUGGAAAACUUCAGUUCAAACCAUUGAUUUUAGAAGACCUCUAUGGAGAAAGGGCCACGACGUACGGAACAAUGCAACUUAGUGGUUGUACCAGCAAAAUAUCAGAAGAAUGUAUGCGGAAAGCUACAGCAUACAACAUUUUGCCUCCAGUUCUAGCAAUUAAAUUAACCACAAAACAUAGCUUUAAUUUUAGAUAUGGUAAAAUUGAGAUAAAAGCAAAAUUUCCUGAGGGCGACUGGUUAUAUCCAGAAAUGUAUCUGAAACCAAAAUAUGAUACUUAUGGCACUGGAUAUUCAAGCGGAUGCAUUGUUCUCGGUCUGGCCCGGGGAAAUGGUAAUUUAAUUGAUGUUACCAACAGAACCAUCUUCGAUUCAAGAAAAUUGGAUUUUGGGUUCCGAAUUGGUACAGAUACGCAUGUUAACGACUAUAUGGUUUCUAAAAUACGAGAAUCUGGUCCAAAAUGGACACAAGGCUUUCAUAUUUACACAACAACAUGGAACACAAACGGAUUUCGAUUUUCUGUCGAUGGUGAAGAAGUUGGUGAACUGGAUCCUGAAACAGAUGGAUGGUUACAUAACAAUAAUUUUAACAAAUUGGCACCAUUCGAUGAAGAAUUUUACAUCUCUAUUGGCAUUGGGGUCGGAGGUAUACGCGUUUUUCCGGAUGGAACAAUAAGUUCAGGAAGUAAAAAGCCUUGGCGAAAUGUUGGUGCUAAGGCAAUGUUACAGUUUUGGAACGCAAAGAAUGACUGGUUACCAACAUGGAAAGAAGAAACUGGUAAAAUGACGACUUUCGAGAUUGAUUACAUUCGAGUGUGGUCUGUUCCCAGCUAGAACAGAUGUGUUGUAACCUUUUCCGGAAAUUUCUUUUUGACUCAUAAUCAAGCGCGUAUCCUCGCCCGUGGAGUCCUGAAGAACUCGGCUCGUGAGGAAAUUCUGGACUUCUUUAAGGAAGACAACUUUGAUUGCAAAAAAACACGUCUUUAUUGAUCGAAGGUCAAUACUGGAAUGGUCUCCUUUACAAAACGAUCGUUUUUGUUACAUUUGUUAAUUACAAUAUGUCCUUAGAU